AUGACGUCUCUCAAAGCUCCCCAGUACGACGAUUAUCCAGACAGUGAACGCAACGCGGGAAUGACGUACUUUGGUCGCCAAGGGAACCGUUGUAAAUCACAGACCGCUGGCGUGGAAGUGGAAGUUUUUUGUUUCAGUCGUGAUUCCUGGACGAAGCUGAAUCUCUCUGCAACUGAAAAUGUAAAAUCCCUCAGCUCUGAACAGAAAGAUCAGCAUUUGGGGAGUGACGUCCAAGGAGCGCAGCCUGCUGUUGAGGCUCCUCAGGAAGCAGAUAUCCCCGAUGACUCCCCCGGCCAAGAAGAGAGUCUAAAGGAAAGAGAGGCACAGUCGCCGGGCUGUGUGAAGAAAAAAGAGAACACCUCCGGCGCUGCUUCUGUAGACUCUGAGGUCUUGAGGUCACAACUAGAUCAGGCCAGAGAUUAUUCGUCACAUGCAGGCACAAGAGAGGACACGGCUCCCACUGAAGCAGCUUAUUCGUCUUCAGACUCUUUGUCAGAAACAGCGAAAGAUGAUUCUCAGAAUGAAUCCGACUCUUCAUCUGAUCAAGCAAAUACGCAACUUUCUCUGAACAAUUCUGACCAUGAAGCUCUGGACACUGAAGCCCAGUUAGAGGCGGUGGGAGUUAUGGCCCAGCAGAACGACAGGGUGGGAGUUACAGUUAGUAUGCACAAGAGGAAACUCCGAAAGGGGUUGAAGAAGUUGUCAGGCCUGAGUUGGACCAGCAGAGACCGCCUUGCGGUGUACAGUGACGUCUUUGAUGAUGUAUGUGAAGGCUUGCCAGUAUUUGGACGCAUCCUGAGGGAAAUCAAGACUGAAUAUGAUUUAUACAUCAGUCACUUAAUGGACACCUGUUCUUCACAAGAUAGCGUGCCUUUGCAGCCAUUUGUCAACGACAUCGAUGAUAUUAUAGUCACUGAUAAGGAAGUGGAGGGUGCAGAAAAAGGGGUUUGUAUUCUGGAAGAAGUGGCCAAAAGCGCUCUGAGGGAGAAUAAACGAGCUCAAGAUGAGCUAAGGAACUUUCCGGAUGAGCGCAGUAGCACAAAGAAGACACCCCUGUCCAGAAAAGAGGACAGCGGGAUGCCCAUCGACGACAGCGACAUCGUCCAGCUCAGGAAGCUUCAGGUUCUGAAUGUGUUGGAGGAGAUCCAACAUCUAGAGCAGGAGAUCCGUGAAAGGAUGGCAGCUGCUGUUGCAACUGCAGCCAUUGAACGAAGAAUCAAAGCUCUACAGGCAGAGACAAUAGAUCUGAUUGUUUCAAAUGACCGUCUGAGGACCCUUAGCAAGGAUCUACAGACAAAAAUCACUUCGGUGUUGGACAGAGAGAAGCCAAUAGAGGUUGUCAAACGGAUGCUGUGGAAAGAAAUCGAAAAGGAUCUCCAAAUAGACAGCGAAUAGUUUCAGUCAUCAGCAUCUUACAGUCACAGUAUAUGCAGGAUCCAAAAUAUCAGUAACAGAACAAAACAAUAAACCCAUCCUUUGUCUUCCACUUCUUAGUGCUGGUGCAUCAUGGGAAAUUAAAGUAAAAUACAUUAAAUCUAUUUUAAGAUAUGUCAAAAAAUGUGGAAAUAUCCCAGGGAUGUGACUACAGUGCGGUUUCUGCUUUUAUAUCAUACUUUAAUGUUCUUCACAUACAUUUUAGUGUUAGACAUUUGGCACUUUCCAUGUUAUUUGAAUAGCCGAAGCAGACACGUCUGUAAGUGUUAUCAGCAAAUUACACAAUAAAAACAUAAAGUUAACAAACUUGAAUGCUGGCGCGUUAUUACCGAUAUAUAAUUUGCAUGGAAAUGUGUGAACUGACAGC